AUGCCGCCCUGUGACCCUCUCGCGGCGCCGGGGGAGAGGGCCGGAGGGAGGGGAGGGAGGGAGGGGCGGGCGGCGGGGCCGGGCCGCUCCAGCGAGGCCAGGCCGGGCCAGGCCGGGCGGAGGCCCAAGCGCGGAGCUCCUCUCCUCCUCCUCGGCCGGCCGCGCCAGUCCUCGUUCUCGGAGUCGGCGCUGGAGCGGAAGCUGUCGGAGCUGAGCAACUCCCAGCAGCGUCAGACGCUGAGCCUGUGGCUCAUCCACCACCGGAAGCACGCCGGGCCCAUCGUCACCGUCUGGCACCGAGAGCUCCGUAAGGCAAAGUCAAGUAGGAAACUGACUUUCCUAUACUUGGCCAACGACGUCAUCCAGAACAGUAAAAGGAAGGGGCCUGAGUUUACAAGGGAAUUUGAAUCGGUUCUGGUGGAUGCUUUUUCACACGUUGCCAGAGAAGCAGAUGAGGGCUGCAAAAAGCCCUUGGAACGAUUGCUGAACAUCUGGCAAGAGAGGAGUGUGUAUGGCAGUGAGUUCAUACAGCAGUUGAAACUGUCUUUGGAGGACUCCAAUAGCCCCCAACCCAAAGUUACAGAGGAGAAAAAGUCCUUGAAGCGGACAUUUCAGCAGAUACAAGAAGAAGAAGAUGACGAUUAUCCCGGGAGCUACUCCCCGCAGGACCCUAACGCUGGGCCUCUUCUGACUGAGGACUUGAUCAAAGCCCUGCAAGAUCUGGAAAAUGCAGCAUCGGGAGAUGCCACAGUGCGGCAGAAAAUUGCUUCUCUUCCCCAGGAGGUUCAGGACGUGUCACUCUUGGAGAAGAUUACAGACAAAGAGGCUGCCGAGCGCCUUUCGAAGACUGUGGACGAGGCAUGUUUGCUACUAGCAGAGUACAAUGGGCGACUGGCAGCAGAGCUGGAAGACCGGCGCCAGCUGGCACGCAUGUUGAUUGAGUACACCCAGAACCAGAAGGACGUGCUGACGGAGAAGGAGAAAAAGCUAGAAGAGUACAAACAGAAGCUUGCUCGGGUAACUCAGGUCCGCAAAGAGCUCAAGUCCCACAUCCAGAGCCUCCCCGAUUUGUCGCUGCUGCCCAACGUGACGGGCGGCUUGGCACCUUUGCCAUCUGCUGGGGACCUUUUCUCAACUGACUAGGGCACGUGGGUGUCUGCGCUCCCCCUUCCCCUCCACCCACAUUUUCAGUUACUACCAGCAGGACACCGGAGAUUCCCACCGCGUUCUCACACAGGAAGGACUGGACAUAGGAAGACUCUCCUUUGACCCUCCACGUUGUUGCAAUGGGACGGGCAUGGCUCUCUCUCGAAAGGAAGGAGGCAAGCGCCCUCGUGUUGGGCAGAAAAUUCAGUUUACCUUUGGCUGCCCCCGUUAGCACCUCCAGUUUCCACCACCGCCUGUGCAAAUCAUGUGUGUCGUCUUCUGAGAGCUUUUUAAGCAAAAGAAAGAAAAGUUGAUUUACACUUUUGCUCUCUCCCCCUCCUUCCCAACAUAUAAAAAAAGAACUGGAUUGUUUCCGAAUUGG